GCUACCCUGCAAUGAAAAACUGCCCAUAAAGCACCAAGAGCCUUUUAUCAAUGUACUACAGAGGCUUUGCUGCAGCAGCCAAGUGUUCCUGUGGCACACAAAACCCAAAGAUGAACAGGAACGUUUCUGAAAGACACACAUAAGGUAGUAAAAAGAAAAAAGGUGAGAUAGUAGAAAAAUCUGGGUGACCUGCAUAGCUGCAAGAGUUCUGGGAGGGAAGAUAUGACAUGAAUCCUGUAAUUUCAGAACUCUCAGCAGAAUGUGAAUUCUAAGGCAAUGAUUGUCAUUUUCUGACUCGGUAGUCCAGAAACCAUACUUUUAUAUAAACGACCAGAAGCCUGUCGAUUUGUAGAAUCCAAUGACCUUGACAUUUACCCUUUUCUGUUUCACAACCUUCUCCUCCAAACUCCUCAGCCUGUGCCUGGUGCUGCAAUCCCGGAGAACCCAGUGAGUGAGUUUCUCCGCUUGCCUGGCCUAGGCUGUCUCGGGAACGCAGUGCUGAGCCCCGAGAGGAGCAGGCUGGAGAAGAACAGUGGGCCUGGUGCUUGAAAAGGAAUGGAAGAGCAACUCCAGGGGAAGGGAGUCGGAAGUGGCAGCGUCCCUGCUCCCUGCAGCGGCCGGGGAUGCUGCGCUCCCCCGGGGGUACAUUCCCCAGCGCCGUUUGAGGCUGCUCAGCUCCAUAAAUGCCAUUUGCAUGGGGAUAGGAUGUAACAAGAGCUGUAAAUCACUGACGGCGGAGUGAACUCCUCAGGGGCAGACACGGCGGAGCCGAGCCUCCGCGAGCUGGGGCAAUGUGUGAACGAUAUCUUUUGUUGGGGGGGAGGUCUGAUAGCAAUUAGAUGAUACUUAUCUGGCCCUUUGAUGUGUAUUUACACAAACAACGUUUUCCUCCGGGAGUUGCGCUAUAAAGGAGAGGCCUGUACUCCGCGCCUCCUUCCCGGCAUCUCCGAAGCGAGGCACGAUGACUAAGGCCCCUUUCUCCGUGGAAUGGUUGUCCCAGAGCAGCCAAACUCUCAAGAGCCCCACCGAGGGCUCCCCACACCGAGCAUCGUCCGCGGGCCACGGGCCCGGCUGCGGCUCCAGCCUCGAUCAGAGCGAGCGGAGCCCGGAGCAGCCGGCGGGCCCUCGGAACGGGGACGGGACGGGCGGCCGGAGCCGGGACAGCGGGGCGGCCACUCCCGCCGCAGGAGCAGGCGGGACAGCAGCAGGCGGGAGGCCGUCGGGAGCGGUGCCGGAGGACGGUCCCGAGUGCGCGGGCCCCGAGGAGCCGUGCGGGCGCGGCGGGCGGCGGCUGCGCACGGCGUUCAGCGCGGAGCAGAUCAGCACCCUGGAGAGCUCCUUCCAGCGGCAGCAGUACCUGGGCGCGGCCGAGCGGCGGCAGCUGGCGGGCAGGAUGCGCCUCUCCGAGGUGCAGAUCAAGACGUGGUUUCAGAACCGCCGGAUGAAGCUCAAGCGGCAGCUGCAGGAGCUGAGGACGGAGCCCUUCUGCAGCCCCGCUCUCCCUUACGGACCUCAGGGCGCCGUGCUGCCCCUGCCGCUCACGUACGUGGCCCGGCCACCGCCUCUGCCCCGGCAAGGGGCCGCACCUGAGGGCUUCCCUUUGGCGGCCCUGCCCGCACCCGCCCUGGACCUCAGCAGCGCCUGCAGAGCGCAGCCGGUGGGCUUGUGGGCAGCGCCCUGCUUCGUGGGGUACCGGGACCCCAGGGCCUUCCUGCUCGGUGUCUGACCCUCUGACACCAACCAGGACUAAAGAGGAUUUGCACUACUCCCGGGUCUCUGGGCUGCCCUCGUCCAUAACUGCUUGGUGGAGUUAUGAUGCAGCACCGACCUAAAUAUUUACACAGAGAUGCUGGACAAUCCGAAUCAUGGACUUCCGGCCCUUGCAUUUAUAGGCAACUGUAAAAUGUAAAAUAUAAACGGGGUGGGAUAAACAAUAAUAUAAAUGGAAUCUUUUAAUAAACCUAAAUUUUUUUCCAGCUUUCAUGUGAAUUCCUUUGUUAAGGAUUGUAGAAGUAUUCAUCCUGCCCCAAAAGAAAGCUUCUCUUCACUUAAAGAAGCAUAGAUUCCUUCUUAUCUAGAUUUGUUCUACCCCAUCUGCAAUUUAUUCUGCCACUGAAUUAAAAAAAUGUGAAUUUCCCUCUGUCUUCUAAAGCAGGUAUCCUG